AUGCCCCAGACCAAGCGCAAGCCUCUUUGCGUCGACCUGUACGGCCAGCUGCGGGCGCUAGGCGAGCUGCCGACCGCGGUGCACACCGACGCGCGGACGCUCGUCACAGCGCUCGCACGCGAGGCCUCUGGCCGCGGCCGGCCCAUCACGCUGUCUGAGGAUCGCUUAGACGCGGUGGACGCAGCGUUGCGCGCCGCCGGCGCUUUCGAUGGCGUCGGAGCGCUCCGCACAGCGGUGGCGGGCUGGCGGCGGCAGACCCGCAUGAAGGCCGACGCUGACGGCAUCAAUGCUUAUUAUGAUGCGGAGCGCUCGGACGCCUACACGGCGCGUCUUGCAGGGCCGCAGGCCGCGCUGGCAGGCCGCUGCCUCGAGCUGGCCGGCCUACCGGACGGCGGCCGCGGCUCGCUGCUGCUCGACGUGGGGUGCGGCUCGUGCCUCUCCUCCGCGCCCCUCGCGGCUGCGGGCUCUGUGCCGGUCGGGCUCGACCUGGCGCGCGAGAUGCUGCUGGUCGCGCGGCGGAGCGGCGCCGAGGUCGUGCACGCCGACAUGUCGCGGCCCCUCCCGUUCCGAAGCGGCGUCUUCGACGGCGCCGUCUCGGUCUCCGCCGCGCAGUUCCUGUGCGAGGAUGCCGCGGGCGAGGCUGCGCCGGAGCGAGCCCGGCGCUGCCUCUCUGAGACGAGGCGCGUGGUGGGCGGCCGCGGCGGCGCCGCGGUGUUCCAGUUCCACCCGCCUCCCGAGGCAGCCCAGGCGGCCGCGUCGCUGCUCCUCGCCGCCGCUCGCCACGCGGGCCUCGCCGCAGCCCUCGCCGUCGACCAGACACACCACACUGCAGCGGUCCGGUGGUACCUGUACGCGGCCGAGCCGCCCGCCGCCGCGCCGCACGCUUCCGCGCCGCCGCCGCCGGGCGGGUGCUACGCGUGCGCGCCGGGCGCGGGCUCGGAGGGAGGCGCUUGCUGCGUGCUCAGGCUCGCGCGGUGGGCAGAGAGGCACGGGCUGCCUGCGCCGCAGCCGGCGGAGGAGCACGUCGCUUUCUUGGAGCGGGAGCACGCGCGGUACGCGCACAAGCUGCUCCGCGCGUGGAGGCGGCUGAGCGACGCGAGCCAUGGGCGGGCGGCGAGCCCAACAGCGGCCCAACAGCAGCCCGGCGCGCUCGCCGCGCUGCCACCGCUCAGCGCGGAUGAGCGGGAGUGUGCCGAGCGGCUGUGGCGCGUCGUGGGCGGCGCGCUGCCUCGGGCGGAGGACCUCAAGGCGCCGCCGCUCUUGGAGCGUGUCAUCGAUGCGCUGCACGGCACUGCCGCGAGCGAACCCCCAGCCGUGUCCACCCAAGGCGCUGAGAUGCCGCGAGUCGGCCCGAAUAUCAUACGUGUGUGUUCCGGGUCGACUAAGGCGUGUCGGUGA